ACUUUGGCUUACUAAUGGGUUAAAUGCUGUCAAGGGCAAUUAGCCCUGACUAAACUUUGCUCCUGACUCACAAAUGCACUGGGUUUUGGGCAGUAUACAAACUGAGAGAAAUCGGUGUGUAGGAGAGACAGUUCUCUCACGACAGAAGCAACAGCAAUUUGAAAAAUACUUCUUCAGUUAUGGACUCAUCUGACAUUCAAAGGAAAAAAGUAGCUGUCAUUGGUGGUGGCUUGGUUGGAUCAUUAAACGCAUGCUUCCUUGCAAAGAGAAGUUUCCAAGUUGAUGUGUAUGAAGCUAGGGAAGAUAUGCGAGUUGCUACAUUAACACGUGGAAGAAGCAUUAACUUGGCCCUUUCUCACAGAGGAAUACAAGCCCUGAAAGCUGUUGGUCUAGAAGAUCAGAUUGUAUCCCAAGGUAUUCCCAUGAGAGCAAGAAUGAUUCAUUAUCUUUCCGGAAAAAAGGUUGCAAGUCCCUAUGGGACAAAGUCUCAAUAUAUUCUUUCUCUAAGCAGAGAAAAUCUAAACAACUAUCUGUUGACUGCUGCCGAGAGAUUCCCCAAUGUGAAGGUGCACUUUGGCCACAAGCUGUUGAAAUGUAAUCCUGAGGAAGGAAUGAUCACAGUGCUUGGGUCUGACAAUGUUCCCAAAGAUGUCACUUAUGACCUCAUUGUGGGAUGUGAUGGAGCCUAUUCAACUGUCAGAUCUCACUUCGUGAAGAAGCCUCGCUUUGAUUACAGUCAGCAGUACAUUCCUCAUGGGUACAUGGAGCUGUCUAUUCCACCUAAGAAUGGGGAUUAUGCCUUGGAACCUAAUUACCUGCAUAUUUGGCCUAGAAAUACCUUUAUGAUGAUUGCACUUCCUAACAUGAGCAAAUCAUUCACAUGCACUCUGUUCAUGCCCUUUGAAGAGUUUGAAAAACUUGUAACCAGUAGUGAUGUGCUGGACUUCUUCAAGAAGUGCUUUCCGGAUGCCAUCCCUCUAAUUGGAGAGAGAGCUCUGGUGCAUGAUUUCUUUCUGUUACCUGCCCAGCCCAUGAUAUCUGUAAAGUGUUCUUCAUUGCACUUUAAAUCUCGCUGUGUACUGAUGGGAGAUUCAGCUCAUGCCAUCGUGCCAUUUUUUGGGCAAGGAAUGAAUGCGGGCUUCGAAGACUGCUUGAUAUUUGAUGAGUUCAUGGAUAAAUUCAAUAAUAACCUUAGUAUGUGUCUUCCUGCUUUCUCGAGAUUUAGAAUUCCAGAUAAUCAUGCAAUUUCAGACCUAUCCAUGUACAAUUACAUAGAAAUGCGAGCACAUAUCAACUCAAGGUGGUUCAUUCUUCAACAGAACAUAGAGAGAGCUCUUCAUGCUCUUAUGCCAUCUACAAUUAUCCCUCUCUAUUCUAUGGUCACCUUCACCAGAAUAAGAUACCAUGAAGCUAUGCUACGCUGGCAUUGGCAGAAAAAGGUGAUAAACAAAGGACUCUUUCUCUUUGGGUCACUGGUAGCCAUCGGUAGUACCUACCUACUUCUGCACUACGUGUCACGAAGACCUCUGAACUACUUGAGAGGACCAUGGAACUGGAUUGCGUACCGCUGGAACACACUAUGUUCCCCUACAAACUCCAUGGAGUCACUAGAACAAAUUCCCAAUCUCAUUAGCAGAAGAUCAAAAGGUUCUGAGGUAGCAAAUGCUUGAUUUCUGUAAGACUAGAAUUAAGGAUCUGAAACAUGAUUCCAUUACCAUAUUUAAUUCACUCAUGGAGUAUAGUUGUCAGCUUAUAAUUAAAUUAAAUGUAGAAUUUUUCCAAAUGUUAAUUCUAAUUAAAACUUCUUAAAAGUUGCAAUAUGCAGCUGUGUGUUUGGUCAUUUAACACUUAGAGUAUAGGCACACAGGUUGAGUCAUUCUAAAUAGAAAAAUGCAGUGACUAAGAUCUCAUUCACUUCUCCAAGAGUAAAGCCCCAGGGGCCUUAGGGAAAACACUAAUCAUGCUUUUUCUUUAAAAGGCAUAAUAGGAGUCACAACAGGAUUGGCUCAAUAUCCGGGCCUAAAAACACAACUUGUUUAGUAUAUUAACUACACUUUUUAUUACCUGAAUGGAAUAUAUCUAAUCACAGGGCUCAGAUUCACUAGAUAAGACCAGAAAUGUAAAUGAGGAAUUCAGGGUAGUUCUAGAGCAUUACAAAAUAAAUUUAUUUUAUUUUCCAGUCUUCAAAUGCCAGUAUUGCCUUCUAGAGAUAAGAAAAAGGCUAAUAAUGCUACACUAUGUGAAGCAUAGGAAGGGCUCUUAUCCAUAAAUUCAAUAUCUACAUAUACAGAAGAGUGGAAAGGAAAAAAGAAAUACAAAGCCAUAUUUUAUUCCAUUUCUGGGGGUCCCUUUAGAUUCUUAGAAGCAAUUUAGUAACUUAUAUUUGAACAGCAUACUGUGGCAGAAUCAUCAAUAAAUUGAUUUUUAAAAGUACAUUUAGUGGACCAGGUUCGGUGGCUC